UUCCCAUCUUUUCCUUUCUUUCUCCUCCUUUUUCACCAAUAUCUUCUCUCUCUCUCUACAACUUCUUCCCCCAUUUGGGUUUUCAUCUUCAAUCAUGAAGUUCAUCAAUAUUAGCUCCAAAAAUCUCAGUCCGAAACGCCUCUUCCGAUCUAAGAAGGACCGGUACGCCGUGUCCAGCUCCGAGCCGCCAUCGUUCGGGUCCGGAACGGAUUUUUCCUCGUCUUCUUCUUCUUCCUCAGACUCAAUUCACAAGCCCGGGGCCGGCGGUGUCACCACGCCCACCAGCGUUUUGGCCGAAAGAUCGGGUGACUGGUCCGAGUUUUCGGCUGAUCUGCAGCUGGACAUGGCCAAAGCGUUUAAGCUUAUAGACCGGGACAACGACGGAGUGGUGUCGAGGAAAGAACUCGAGGCACUUCUGUGCCAGCUCGGGAACAACCCGCCGAGUCAAGAGGAGGUGACGUUGAUGCUGAGCGAGGUGGACCGAGACGGCAGCGGUUCGAUAACCCUUGAGGCUUUAUUGAACCAGGUCGGACCGGUUUCCGGUCCACCUGCCGACUCGGAGCUGCGCGAUGCGUUCGAAGUAUUUGACACGGAUAACGACGGCAAAAUAUCGGCGGAGGAACUUUUGAGGGUUUUCACGGCUAUUGGGGACGAACGGUGCACGUUAGAGGAGUGCCGGCGCAUGAUAGCCGAGGUGGAUAAAAACGGGGAUGGGUUCGUGUGCUUUGAGGAGUUUGUUCAUAUGAUGGAGCUGCAGAGAUGAAGUUGCUUCUGAUGUUUGGCGAGUCAUAAAAGUCUUGAUUUUCUUUUUCUUUUUUUCUUUUAAUUUUGAUUGGGAUAAUGGAUGUAUAGUUUUUAGGAGUGGAAUUUUUUUCCCUUCUUAGACCAUCUCCAACCCUUGGGCUAAAAGCUAAAUUUUUUAGCCCGAAAAAUUUAGCUUUUAGCCCAGAAA